CUCUUGCUUGGGAUUAGGAUCAGAUUAACAUAUAGGAGUUGUGGUUAGAAGGAGAGAAACAACUUAUCAUGAGCAUAAUAUCAGCUUUCAUUGUAUUGGUGAUACUAGCAGCAACUUGCAUAUGUGAUGAAAAGGUUAAAUGGCUAAAGCUAUCCAAUGGUUGUAUUAUUGGACACAACAAUCAAGUGCAUACCAAUGUAGACAAUAUCUGGUUAUGUAUGCAUUUAUGCAACACGGCAGUUGGAUUCAUAUGCAACUCUUUUGAGUACCAUGCAAGUAGUAAGAAAUGUCAGUUAUCCGAGGAUUAUUCCAACAGUACUGCAUAUGCAUACUUUAAGGUCCCUUGUCCUUAUCAGGGCUGGGAAUAUUGGCAAAGAUAUACACUUGGCAGCCGACUCGAUAUUCCAAACGCUUGCAUAAAAGUUACACUAAAAAAUUUUAUAGCCACGCAUUCCAACAUUGGAUCAAAGAAUUAUUGCUUCUUGAUUUGUUUGUUUACAUCUGGGUGUAAAUCUGUCAACUACCACAGUGGAAACCAGAAAUGUACAUUGACAAAAGCAACAUAUGCCACUGGUACAUUGUAUGUUCCAUGUCCUGGAUAUGUGUAUGUCGAAAAACAUUAGUCUGGCUUUGGCAGACAUGGCCCUAUGAAUAGUGCAGAAAGCAAGGAUUGGAAUGUGCUGAGAAAAGUUGCUUUUCAUCACAUGAUGCUUAAAAAUAUUGUGACUUCAAUUUUUUUCAAAAUAAAUGUUUAUACAGAACAUAAA